GAACUGAUAAAAAAGAAAGAAUAAACAAGAAUAUCUAUAACCGUUUUUUCGGUUCGCUAGAAAAUUUAAAAGGCCUGACUAAUUUAACCGAAUUAGAUAUUAAUGCUACUGAUAUUGAUAAUGGUCUAGAAUAUUUGCCAACAGAAAAUUUAUAUAUGUUUUAUUGUGCUAGCAAAAGAGAAGAGGCAGGAGUAGAAAAAAUAAAAAAAGUGCUUGGUCUAAGUGAAAAACUUGCCGGAAAAGAAAGUGAUGGAGGAAACGAAGAAAAAAUUGACCGAAUAAAUAUCUUUCAAGAUUAUUUUCGAGCCUCAAAAAAAUUUCAUAGGCAAGCAAAUUUACUUAAUUCGAUAGUAGAAAGGCUGAGAUACAAGACUA